AGUUCUAGUGGCGCAGGCGGCGGCGGCGGCCGAGAGGAGAGAAGCACUUGUAGCCGAAAAAGGAACGCUUCCUCCGGCCGUUGACGGUCGUCGCCACCCAGUGCCGGGAAACCACAUCUCAUUCAUUUACUUCAGACUCGUUUAUUUAUUUUUUCCACUUGCCGCGUCGAGCAUGAAGUAAGUCCGCAGGUGCAGGCUAAUGAGCGGAUAACGCUGAACGUUUUUUGGACGUCCUCCAUGGGGGUUCUCCUUCUCCUCCUCGCCUGAGACAACCACGCACGGGAGUGGGGAAAUGUCCGCCGAGGUGGACCCGAAAGGCGGCCACCUCGACUCAGAUUUCGCGAGCGUUUCCAAAGUGGAAGAAGAGGACCGAAAUACAGAGAGCACCGACGAUGACGAAUGUGAAGAAGACGAGAAGCUGGACCACAUCCUCUACCCUCCCUCCCAUGCAUCGCUCAGGAAGUCCAGCCACCCUGAGCUGAAUCUGCGCCUCAAGCGACACCUCAGCGACGACGGCAAGCACAUGAGAAGACGCAGCCUGGGCGGAGGUCUCACAGGAAAGUACCUUCUGCUCCCGACCCACGCCCAGCAAACAUGGCCGCCGCAGUCGUUUUCCGACACCACCUCCAACCUGGUCCGGAUGCGCGCGCGCAACCUCGGCAAGUCGGACCCGUCCCUGACCUCCAGCUUGAAGGAGCUCAGUCUUCCCCGGAGAGGCAGCCUCCUCACGCCUCGAAGCUUGAGCCCCACUCCCACUAGUCCUUGCAGCCCGUGCAGCCCGCUGCACGCCUUUCACUUCUGGAGCUGCAGGACGAGCAACAGGAAAAGCCUGAUCGGCAGCGGCCAGUCCACUGGUUUACCGCGACCCCAUUCGCCCCUCUCGUCUCUCGCAGGCUCGAGUCCACAGGAAAGUCCGCGGAACUUCUCCCCGAGUGCCUCGGCUCAUUUCUCCUUUGCACGAAGGAGCGAUGGGCGCCGCUGGUCGCUGGCCUCCCUUCCCUCCUCUGGAUAUGGAACCAACACCCCCAGCUCCACUGUCUCUUCGUCCUGUUCAUCACAGGAGAAGCUGCACCAGCUGCCCUUCCAGCCCACGCCGGACGAGCUGCACUUCCUCUCCAAGCACUUCUGCACCGAGAGCAUUUCCGCCGACGAGUGUCGCCGGGCAGCGGCCAUGCGACCGCGUUCGCGCAGCCUGAGCCCUGGGAGGUCUCCAUCCUGUUACGACCACGAGAUCAUCAUGAUGAAUCACGUCUACAAGGAGCGCUUCCCCAAGGCCACCGCUCAGAUGGAGGAGAAAAUCCAGGAGAUCAUCCGCGCCAACUCCCCGGAGAACGUCCUGCCGCUUGCCGACGGCGUGCUCGGCUUCGCCCACCACCAGAUCAUCGAGCUGGCGCGCGACUGCCUGGAGAAGAGUCGGCUGGGCCUGGUUACUUCCAGCUACUUCUGCGAGCUCACCGACAAGCUGGAGAGGCUCGUGCAGGAGUCCACCGAGCGUUCCGAGAGCGAGGAGGUCAACUUCAUCCGCGAGCUGGCCAAGAAGAUCCUCAUGGUCAUCGCUCGACCCGCCCGGCUGCUGGAAUGUCUGGAGUUCGACCCCGAGGAGUUCUACCACCUCCUGGAGGCGGCAGAGGGCCACGCCAAGGAGGGUCAGGGCAUCAAGACCGACAUCCCUCGUUACAUCAUCAGCCAACUGGGACUCACCAGAGAUCCUUUGGAAGAAAUGGCUCAGUUAAGCAGCAGUGACAGCGGCAUUGCACAAACUCCAGAAACAGAUGACUGCUCGCAGAGUCUGAGCGGCGCCUUGAGGUCCAGACGCAAACCGUGCGAGUUGGACUUUGAGUUGACCAAACUCAUCAGCAACGGCGCCUACGGGGCGGUGUACUUGGUGCGGCACAAGGAGAGCAAGCAGCGCUUCGCCAUGAAGAAGAUCAACAAGCAGAACCUUAUGCUGAGGAACCAGAUCCAGCAGGCCUUCGUGGAGAGGGACAUCCUCACCUUCGCAGAGAACCCCUUCGUGGUCUCCAUGUACUGCUCCUUCGAGACCAGACGACACCUCUGCAUGGUCAUGGAGUACGUGGAAGGAGGCGACUGCGCCACCCUGCUGAAGAACAUGGGCCCUCUGCCCGUGGACAUGGCCCGGAUGUACUUUGCUGAGACGGUGCUGGCACUGGAGUACCUUCACAACUACGGCAUCGUGCACAGGGACCUCAAACCGGACAAUUUGCUGGUGACGUCCAUGGGCCACAUCAAGCUGACGGACUUCGGCCUGUCCAAAGUGGGCCUGAUGAACAUGACCACCAACCUGUACGAAGGCCACAUCGAGAAGGACGCCCGCGAGUUCUCAGACAAGCAGGUGUGCGGCACGCCGGAGUACAUUGCCCCCGAGGUGAUCCUGAGGCAAGGCUACGGCAAGCCGGUGGACUGGUGGGCUAUGGGCAUCAUCCUCUAUGAGUUCUUGGUGGGCUGCGUCCCCUUCUUUGGGGACACGCCCGAGGAGCUCUUCGGACAGGUCAUCAGCGACGAGAUCAACUGGCCGGAAGCAGAGGAAGCGCCGCCUGCCGACGCCCAGGAGCUCAUCAGUGUCCUGCUCAGACAGAAUCCUCUGGAGAGGAUGGGCGCAGGUGGCGCCGCCGAGGUGAAGCAGCAUCCCUUCUUCCACCACCUGGACUGGAACGGCCUCCUGCGGCAGAAGGCCGAGUUCAUCCCGCAGCUGGAAUCCGAAGAUGACACCAGCUACUUCGACACUCGCUCGGAGCGCUACCACCACCUGGAGACGGAGGAGGACGACACCAACGACGAGGACUUCAACGUUGAGAUGCGCCAGUUCUCCUCCUGCUCUCACCGCUUCUCCAAGGUGUACAGCAGUCUGGACCUUUCUCGCGGCCAUGCCGAGGAGAAGGGGGAUGUCACAGAGGACAAGAAAAGCGAGAGCCCGCCCACGCUCGACUCGCUCGGCUGGACGCCAGACUUCACCGACAUGCCGUCGCUGUCGGCGGAUGGUGAGCUAACCCGGCAGAGUCCGGGCGCCGCCUCGCUCCCCAAGUUCGCCAUCUCGGCCUCAGAGAGCGAAGAAGCGGACGAGUCGUCUGUCCUGGGAGACCCCAGCAAGACCUCCUACUCGGUGGGGGAGCUGCCACGGGACGAGCCCGACGCCACCACGCCCGGGAGCACCCGCAGCGAGGCCACGCUCUCCGGAAGUUUCUCUGAGCACUUGGACCAGCUGACGCCCCAGGGCGAGGCUGUGCAGAACCCGGACGGAGCACAGGGGGCAGCGGCGGUCUCUGCAAAACCCAGCGGCAGCAGGGGGGACCAGAAGCCGCGAGCAUCCAUGAAAGUCCACAAGUCUGUUUCUGCCGGUGCACUCUCCCUCAUGAUCCCCUCAGACAUGUUUGGCGCAUCUCCGCUGGCGAGCCCGCUGUCCCCUUACUCGCUCUCGUCAGAACCCUCCUCCUCACGAGACUCUUCCCCCAUCAGAGACUCGUCCUCAUCUUCGCCGUUGACGCGGCAGCCGGUGGUCAUCCACGGCAGUGGCAAGAAGUUCGGCUUCACGCUGCGGGCCAUCCGCGUGUACGCCUGCGACGGCGACGUCUACACCGUCUACCACAUGGUCUGGAACGUGGAGGACGGCGGCCCCGCACACAAAGCCGGACUAAAGGCUGGCGACCUCAUCACGCACGUCAACGGCGAGACAGUCCACGGCCUCGUCCACACUGAGGUGGUGGAGCUCCUGGUCAAAAGCGGCAGGAAGGUGUCCAUCACCACCACCCCAUUUGAGAACACAUCCAUCAAGAGAGGCCCCGCGAGGAGAAACAGCUACAAGAGCAAGAUGGUGCGAUGCGCCAAGAAGGCCAAGAAGGAGAAGACCCCGGAGAGGAGGCGUUCCCUUUUCCGGCGUUUCGCCAUGCAGCCGUCCCCCCUUCUGCACACCAGUCGCAGCUUCACGUCGCUCAACCAUUCGCUGUCGUCCGGCGAGAGUCUGCCUGGCUCGCCCACGCACAGCCUGUCGCCCCGCUCGCCCACCGCCGCCUUCCGCCUGCCGCCCGACUUCACCCUCUCAGGUGGCAACUCUUCCCAGAGCAGCUCGCCCAGCUCCAGCGCGCCAAACUCCCCUGCAGGUUCCACUCAUAUCCGGCCCAGCACCCUACACGGCCUGGGCCCCAAGCUACCGGGCCAGCGACUCCGUCAGGGGCGGCGCAAGUCCGCAGGUAGCAUUCCUCUUUCCCCUUUGGCCCGCACGCCCUCGCCCACCCCGCAGCCCACCUCCCCUCAGCGCUCGCCCUCCCCGCUGCUGGGCGGACACUCGGUGGCCAUUUCCAAAAGCGCGCAGUCCUUCCCAGUCAAGAUCCACUCGCCACCCACCAUCAUCCGCCACAUUGUGCGCCCUAAAAGUGCCGAGCCGCCGCGAUCCCCGCUCCUGAAACGCGUGCAGUCUGAGGAGAAGCUGUCGCCCUCCUACGGGGCAGAUAAGAAGCACCUGUGUGCCCGCAAACAAAGCCUGGAGGUGACGCAGGAGGAGGCGCAGGAUCAGGAGGACGGCGGCGAGGGCACCGGUCUGGAGGGGAACUCCUGUGAGGCGGCGGUGGCAGUGGUCCCUCGCGUUCGGCCUGUCGAGCAGGGCUGCCUGAAGAGGCCAGCGGGCCGCAGGGAACGCCAAGAGUCACUGGAGGAGCUCGACAAAACAGCCACCAAGCGGGAAUCCGAUCCAUCGGGUAGCGAUGACUUACAUUCUCGGAGUCAAAGCAAAACUGAGACGGCAAGCGUGGCGCUGAAAGACGUCUUGUAUAAAAAACUCAGCCGCGUGUCAGACACCAUUAGCGACUCAGCUAGCGACGGAGAGCGGUCACAUCCUCAAGUGGCCAAAGACAAAGCGGAGAGGCCGGAUCUCAAGGCUGCCAGCAUGGACUUCACCAGGAAGCGGCUCUCAUUCGAAGAGCGAGACGACUUUGUGUGUCGGCUCUCCCCCACCAUCCAUGACAACCUCCAUUUUGGGGCCACCCGCUCCAAAAGCCUCCAGCUGGACGCGGCGGUGGCGGCUCACGAACACAUGAAGGCCGGACUGGGCGGGGAAGGUUCGAUAACGGCGAAGAUGUUCUCGGGGCGAGGGGAGAGCGCCGUGGAGAAGCUGCAGCUCAUCGCGUCGGGCGAGUGUCCUCUGAGGAAGACAUCGUCAGACUAUAAACUGGAGGGACGUCAUGUGUCCCCUCUCAAGCCUCUUGAGGGCACCCUUGACAUUGGCCUCCUUUCAGGACCCAGAGUCUCCAAAACGGACACAUGCUUAUCCAAAAUGGCAGAGGGCAAAUUGCCCGGCCCACCUCUUUGGCUCCAGAGCGCCGUGGAACGACAGCUGAAAGCUCCGGAAAAACCCAAAAGCCCUCUGACGUGCCCAAUGAGUCCCGACACCUCCACCUCCCCGAACGUGUUCCCCAAGGAGCACUCGCUCGGAGAGAAAACAAAGAGCAGACACGACUCGGACAGCUCGAAGCAGGAGAGCAGAACCUGCAUGAAGGUGGCCGCGUCCCGUCACAGCUCCCACUUCUCCUGCGGGAAGACACCCUCCAUUCGGGAAGUCAGCAAUGAAGACCAGGAUGACGAAGCGGAGCAACCAGAAGUUGAAGGGAAAAGUCUUCCUGUGCGAGCAGACGCGCGUUCUCCUGUGAGGUUAGGUCUGGGCAAAGAGGGCACACCCCAAGACGGUUCUGGACCACAUGUCGCUUCGCCUAAAUUGAUCGGAACCUCUGCUGGUCAGAGCUCUCCUACUCCAAGUGAUGGGUUAGCCUCAAAGGAGGUCCGUGACCCAAAAGUGGAACUGGGGGGCGUACGAACGGCAUCCACGUCAGUGGGCGGCACUCCGGUGCCCAAGAAAGAGCAUCUGGCAUCAGGCUCUCCGAAGACUAAAGGAGCUUCAGAGCUGCUGGAAGAAAAAGUCCACAGGGUUCCAGAACUUCCAGAACCUUGCACCUCUAAUAAGCCGGAAGGCGUAGAGGCCACGGCGGGUCGUGGAGAAAACACUUUGACCCCCGAAAACAAAAUGAUGUCCAGCCCCCAGCCCACUUCAUUUCCCGAUCCAAAACAAUCAUCCCGAGAAGCGUCUCCCGCCUCUCAUGUCGCCCUCGACUCCAAACGCAGCGACCCCACGUUGGCCUGUGCUGAGGAAUCAACGCAGCCACUGCCGACUAAUGCCACGCCACCGGAACCAAAAUGUCCAGUAGCAGCCUGCCCUGCGGCGGCCAAAGAAAGCACAGACUCCAUCUCCAAACUUCUGAAGACCACCACCUUGCGGGUGGCUCACAAGCCGUCCGUGGUGCCUCCCAAGCAUAAAGAACCUUCACCCAAAAAGCAGUCCAUUAAGGAGCAUCACGCCAAGGCGAGCGGUGACUCCUCGGACCCCCCUGACAAGGCGCUGGUCCCGGACAAGGCAGCCAAGAAGAAACCAAACGAGACUCGUGCAGGAGCGCGGGCAAAGACUCUGGCCGAGGGAAGACGCCGCGUGUGACCUCCUGUCACAAAAAGUCAUAUUUCCGCGUUUUCAUCAACACCUUGUUUUAACGGAGGACCGGACAAGCUGUUACGCGAGAGCUCGGCCAAUCGUGAGAAGCCUCGCUGAUUAGGUGCCAUAAAAAGCUUGCACUUGUACAUUUUUGUUGUUUUAAUGCAGUCGAGCCGCCGCUUUGCGUGGGGUCGGUAGGAAUCUUCCUCACAUUCCUUUCUGUGUGGUUUGGAUUAGUCACGUGAUUUCUGAGCGUAGCGUUCGCGGUGGAUCGCUUCCUCGUUGGCAACGUGAGGCGAGGGAGAGACGGCGGGAGGGUUGGGGGGAGUUGUAGCAUUACACAAAUGAAACUGUGAGACUUGAGAAUGUCGUUGGUGUCUAACAUACAGGAUGAGCACUGUCUUUUUAUAAUGAGGGGUGCCCCCCGUGCACAGGUGAUAAUGAGGAUCUCUCUUAAGACUUAUCGUCCCUUACAAAAAAUGUCAGUUUAUAGUACGUUCACAAUGUUUUGCAGGAGGGGCUCCCCCCCUGCAGGUGUGUCCCGGGGCCUCCUGAUUGGUUAAAAAGACAUCGGAUCACUAGGAUCUUGUUUGCUCCCACCAGUCGUAUCGUCGCUUAAAAGAAUGUUUUUCCAUAGUUGUCAUACUGUAUGUUCACAAUGUUUCUGUAGGGAGGCCCCCCUAGGAGGAUGCUAGUGGGCCCCUGAUUGGUUACAAAAAGGCGUCACAUGACCUCGGAUCAUCAGGAUGACUUAUUGUCGUUUGAGAGAAUGUCAUUGUUAACGUAAAGAAACUUCACAAUGUUUCACGGGACGGGCGCCCCCCUCCUGCAGGAGGGUCCUGGGGUCUUUGCGGUGUCCUAAUUGGUUACGAAAAGAUGUUGUUCCAGAUAUUUUGCAGGGGGGUCCCAGUGGGCCUCUGAUUGUUUAAAAAAAAAAAAAAAACAACAACAACUUUGGAUUGUGAGUCAUCAUCAUCUAAAAAAAACAUCGUUAAUGUACAGUAUGUUCACAAUGUUUUUGACUGGUGACACCUCGCUGUGAGGGUCCUGGGCCCUCUGAUGUGCCCUGAUUGGUUGAAAAAGAUGUCACGACUUUGGAUUGUGAUGAUUUAUCUUCGCUAAAAAAAUAUAUACAUGUCGCUAGCAUUGAAAACAUACAGGAUGUUUCGGGUGACGCUCGCCCUUUUGCGGGUCACUGUGGCGCUCUGAUGGGUAAAAACAAAAAAAAAAGACGUCACAUGACCUGUUGGUGAGGAUCUCAAGUCUUGCAAGUGGUUUUGUCAUUUCAAAGGCUUUCCGGCGAACCUCCUUAACGCAUUCGUAAGGUUUAGCUUCAUGCUACUCACGCAUUUCGAGGCCUUUUAUGAAAAAUAAAAAAUAGACGAGCAAAUUGAGCUUUGAGAUAACUUUGGGGCUUUUUAUCGUAGGAACAAACAAAUGCACCUUAAACGCUUGCAGUUCAGGCGUAGUGAAUGACGAGAUUGGUGGGGGAAAACAGACGACUUCGUUUGUGGGUCGUUUGUCUCGAGGAGCCAUUAAAAACGUCCAGUCGAUAGCACAUUGUUUGUUUACCCGCCUUCACCACUGUAUAUUUUUGUAUAGUGCUCAUUUGCCAAAAUGUUUGUCGUGUGUCACCCACGGGAUUUAACGUGGCGAAAAAAAAAUCGUCUUGAAGUGGUCUGCCCGUCCCGUGUCAACGUUGCCGUUAUUUCCACUGUGCAAACACUUGCGUUAGCCACGUUUGCUUCCCACAUGCUAAUUGUCUUUUAGAAGAUGUGCAAUAAAAAGUUAUUGUAUUUUGCCCGGGGAGAAAACGCUCUAUGGAUGUCAUAGAUGUUGUAUAUUAAAAACAGAUAUUUAUAUACUUCUAAUGUUGCGUCAUAACGAGAAUAAAAAUGAAAUCUGCUGACACGUUGGCCUUUUGCUCUCAUUUCGAUAGUCACAACAGAAGCUUCACUGGCGACCACCAGGUGGCGGUGUUUAUCCAUUCAGUUUGAGUGUAGUGUCUAAUCCCAGUUGAAUUUGGGCGCGCGUUCUCACUCACAUUCCCAACUAUGGACAUUUUGUUGAAAUUGUACAAAACAGGUUUUCCUGUGAACCCGUUUGUGCCUCACCCUCGGGCAUGACUGACGUUAUCAACUACUGUCACAUAACUCGAGGAAUCCAGACUGUGAGACCUCGUGUGAGCACAAAGUUGACACAUUUUGUUUUCAUCUAUUAUAAGAUGUUUAUAUAUAACUACGUGUCUGUCCAUCAAUCAAUAUGCAUCUGUAUUGAUCUAUCUGUCUGUCCACCAAUCUAUACGUCUCAGGCAGGGGUAGCAGACCGACUUUAAAAG